AUGUCUUCCAAAAAGGUCUUUGUUUUGGAUCCCUAUCAUAAGGAUGCCAUUGCACUACUUCAAUCAACACCCGGAAUACAAGUCGUCCUUCCUGAUAACCCUCAUAAAUCCGAGUGGCAUGACCAGGCCGAUGGCAUUAUUCUUCGUUCGGAGACUCGUCUGACUAAAGCUGAUUUCCAAGCUGCCUCGCGUCUACAAGUCGUGGUCAAACAAGGCGUGGGCGUUGACAAUAUCGACUUAGAAGCUGCGAAAGCCGCGAGUGUGGCUGUCUAUAACACACCAGGUCUGAACUCUGAGUCUGUAGCAGAGCUUUCCCUGGCCCUCGUCUUAUCUUUGACUCGUCGUGUGACCGAGAUUGAUCGACGAAUCCGCCAGGGCCAGCGUGUGAUUCGCAGCCAAACACUUGGUUUGAGCCUUUUCCAGAAGACCGUUGGAGUCGUGGGCAUGGGGAAUAUCGGUACCGUUGCAGCAAAGAAGUGGAUUGGUGCUUGCGAAUCAUCCAUUAUCUGCUAUGACCCGUACGCACUAAAGGAUGCCUGGCAAGGCAUCCCCCAUCGCCGAGUUCACGCCCUGGAAGAACUGCUCCGCGAAUCGGAUGUUGUUACUUUACAUGUCCCUCUAUUGCCAACCACGAGGCAUAUGAUUGGCGAGCGUGAAAUUGGCUUGUUGAAAGAAAGUGCAAUCCUGGUGAAUACUGCCCGUGGAGGGCUUGUAGAUGAAAAUGCGCUCCUGUUCGCACUUCAGAAGAAACGGAUCUGGGGCGCCGUCUUAGACGCAACAGAAUCGGAACCUCCAACGACGGACACGUAUGGGGAAUUCUUGAAGUUGGACAAUGUCAUUCUGACUCCUCAUGUCGGUUCUUCCACGAGGGAGAACCAGAGUAAUAGCGGUAAAACCGUUGUAAGGAGUUUACUGGCCGCCCUUGCUGGGGAAAAAGACGUCCCAGGAAAGCUUGUUUGA